UAGAUUUUAAGCUUCAAUGUAGCCAAUUCUUCUUCACAAAGAUGAUGUAUCUCCUCUUUAUUACAGAUAUCUUUCGGAUUUGAUUUAGGAAAAACCCACAUCUGUUGUUUUUUUUCUUCAGUUAUUUAUCGGGGUCCAAACGAACAAAACACAUACUAGUCAUCAAACACGUUAGCUCUUCUACCUUAAGUUAAAAGUAAAAUCUGUCUUUUUAAGCUGUUUUAAAUCUUUAGUAUGCGUUUUACCAUGAAGUAUACCCAACUUGUAGAUGCCUUGUUUCGUCCUCCAUCCUCAAGUUUAUGCGAAACCAUAUUCCAUUCUCUUUUGCGUAGAUUACAUGUUUCUUUUUGUUUCCCAGGUUUAUAAGAGAAAGUAAUAUCCUAGAAUAGGAUUUUAUUUUAUUUCUCUUUAGGUGUUAUAUACUUGGAAGAAAAUUCGUGAUAACCUUUUAAAAUGGAUGCAUAUACUGAGGAUAUUCCCAUGCCGGACGCAGGAUCAGAAAAUGUAGCCGGUUUUAUACCAUUACGACAGAAAACAGAAAUCAACUCGAACGAACGAACAUUAAAAAUGGACAAUUCAAACGAACUUAUGGAUAUAUCUAUGUCUCCAGAAGAGAAGAAGCCUUUAAAAAAAACCAUGUCAAAAAGGAAGCUACGGAAACCUAAGAAUCCAUUGCUGAUACAUGGAAAAGAAAAUAUAGAAAAACCCUUGAGAAGAAAAUCCAGUAAUUCUUCCCAACUCAUCCGGAAAGAACACGCAGAUGCAAGUCAUUCUGUAAAUUGGGUACAUGUGCAUCGUGACAUUCCCGUCGUAGUGAGCGGGUACUUACAGCUUCUGUUUAAUGUUUGUAUAGUUUCAAUUGUUCUUUAUUUUUUAUUUUCGUUGGUAUUUACUAUGCAAGGUGAUAUACGAAACAAUAUAAGUACCGAACGAGCGCUUCUUGCAUAUAAAGCAAUGGAAUGUCAGAGAGACUAUAACAAAUACGACUGCGAUAGUCCAAGCUCAGCAAUCAGUAAGGUAUGCGAUGAUUUGCGGGUUUGUAUUUUGAGAAAAACUAGCAAUACAAGACUAGUAGCCAAAAUUUUGGCCGAAAUCAUAGAUACGUUUGUGAACCAUAUAUCCUAUAAGACCAUGAUUUUUUCUCUAUUGCUUGUUUUUGGAAGCUUGAUUGCUUCCAACUACGCUUUCAGCCUUUUUAGAGCAAAGCACAAUCAAAAUCUGCCAACCUAUGCCACUAGUGCAAUUCCGGCGAUGAUACCUAGUAACCAUCUGUUGGGACAAGAACCUCACUCAAAUGGAAACCAGAAACUGCUGGAGCUACAGUCUGAUAAUGGAAGAUAA